ACCCUGUCCCAGGAGGUGACCCUGUCCUGCUGGGAGACCCUGCCCCAGGAGGGGACCCUGCUUUGUGAAGGGGUCCUGCUGCAUGAGAAGACCCUGCCCCGUGAGGAGACUCUGUCCUGUAAGGGGACCCUGCCCAAGAAAUGACCCUGCCCUGUGGGGAGACCCUGCCCCAGGAGGGGACCCUGCCUGGAGCCCUACACUCCGGGGUCGCACACCUCUCCUGGGGAUCCCACACCUCUCCUGGGGUUCCCACACCUCUCCUGGGGAUCCCACACCUUCCCUGGGGAUCCCACACCUCUCCUGGGGUUCCCACACCUCUCCUGGGGAUCCCACACCUCCCCUGGGGUGUCACACACCCUCCCGAGGUCCUGUGCCCUCCCACAGAGCCCACACCUCCUCCCUCAGCCCUGCAUGCUCCCCAGACCCCACCACCCCCCAGGGUGCCCUCCCUGCACCAGACCCCACCACCUCCUCAUGCACCCCUGAUGUGGUUUGACUUUCCAGGCAGAAGUGCUGCUCUCCAGGCCCCACAGCUUGCUAGAAAAAGUGAGGAAAACAGCGAGAGACUCUUGGAAGCUCAAAGAAGGGAGAAAAUUAAAGAAAAAGAAAAAUAUCUUCAGCAGGCCAGGAGAAGGGAAGAAAUACUGGCUCUCCUGAGGAAACAGAGAGAAGAAAGGAUUGCAAAAGAGCUGAUCUCUCAUCCACAUAAACCAAAGAUCAAAACUCAUCAAGAAAGCAGGCUGAAGGUGGCUGAAGAUGACCUGAUGGAUCAAGAAGAAGUAAAAGCCCUUAAAUAGUUCAGCUAAACUGCCUGGCAGAGAGAAUAAAGUGUU